GGCCCAUUGUGUGGUUGUUAGAAGUGUGGAGUGUAAAAGCCCACCCUACCAGGAGGGAUUGGCUUCCUCGUCGACCCUGGACCUCCACAGGUUGAGCUCCUCCGACGUUUGGAGAGAAGUAUAGAACACAGAGAAUGGCGAUGGCAUUAAACCUCGCUACAUUUCAAAAAUCACAGGGGCUUCAGGUCUCUUGCAGAAAGCAAGAAAGAGACAGAGAUCAGUACCCCUACAAGGUCAUUGAAAUAACGCCACCGCCCAAGAACCUCGGUGUUCGCUGCUUUCCCUCUAACAUGCAGUGUGGGGAGAGUGUGACAAUAGAAGGCCAAGCAUACACUGUUUCAGCAGUAAUCCACCGGUACCAGCUUCGGAAGGGAAAGUAUGAACCAAGUGAGAAGAGGCUUGAUGUGCAGUCGACUGGGAGAUAUAUCCUGAACUUGUACCUGGAUAAUCUACUAGAACAAUCAUAAUGUUGAUCAUUUACUAAACUCUUAACAGAAUACCAUUAUGACCACCCAAAGUGCCCAUCCUCUUCAUAUUUGUUAAUAAUUAUUUGCUAUGUUUCUCCUAGUUGGUGUAGAAAUGUAAGAAUUUAGGAUUUUCAUGUCACUUGUAGCCCAAUUCAGCUUCUUGUGUUCCUAGCCAGAUUUAUUGCUUGAGAAGCUUAAGUAGCUGAUAUUGGAUAAUGAAAUAUCUAGUGCAUGUAAAGCAAGGGUUUGGCUUUUUAUGCAACAUCCUGAAGGCUUACACUGGUUUUUCCGAA